AUGGUAAAAAUACGCAGCACGGGCGACCGGCGCGGGAUCGAAAAUGUCGUCGUCACGCGCAAGCGCUUCGCGUACGAGGAGGCCGUCAAGGCGGACCCGCACACGUACGAUGUCUGGUUCGACUACGCGCGCCUCGAGGAGAGCGCGAUCGAGGCCGAGGCGGACUACCACCGGGUGCGGGACGUGUACGAGCGCGCCGUCGCCAACGUCCCCCCGGCGGCGGACAAGCGGCUGUGGCGGCGGUACAUCUACCUGUGGCUCAAGUAUGCCAUCUUCGAAGAGCUGACUGCGCUCGACGCGGAGCGCGCGGCCGCGGUGCUGGCUGAGGCGCGCCGCGUGGUUCCGCACGAGCACUUCACCUUUGCCAAGCUAUGGGUCCGCCAGAAGCGGCUGGAUGCCGCGCGCAAGCUGCUCGGCCAGGCGAUCGGCCGCUGCCCGAAGGACAAGCUGUUCAAGGAGUACGUCCAGCUUGAGCUGCAGCUCGGCGACGUCGAGCGGUGCCGCAAGCUCUACGGCCGCUAUCUCGAGUGGUCGCCCUCCAACUGCGCCGCGUGGGCCGCCUACGCCGACCUGGAGGCGUCGCUGGGGGAGGCGUCGCGCAGCCGCGCCAUCUUCGAGCUGGCAGUGGGGCAGGAGCAGCUGGACAUGCCGGAGAGCCUGUGGAAGGCGUACCUCGACUUUGAGAUUGGAGCGAGCGAGUGGGACAAGGCGCGCGCGCUCUACCGCCGCCUGCUCGCGCGCACGCGCCACGUCAAGGUGUGGCUCUCCUUCGCGACGAUGGAGGUCGAGGCGGGCGGCGAGGGCGAGGGCGAGGCGGCGCGCGAGCGCGCGGCCGCCGUGUACGCAGAGGCGGAGGCGUCGUUCCGCGAGUCCGGGCAGAAGGACGAGAGAGUGCUCGUCCUCGAGGCGUGGCGGGACAUGCUCGCGCGCGGCGGCUCGGAGGCGGCGCUCGCUUCAGUGGAGGCGAAGAUGCCGAAGCGGGUCAAGAAGCGGCGGCCAGUGCUGGGGGAAGAGGGCGAGGCGGCGGGGUGGGAGGAGUACUACGACUACAUCUUUGCAGAGGAGGAGGCGGCGGCGCCCUCGCUCAAGAUCCUCGACAUGGCGCGAAAGUGGAAGAAGCAAAAGGUCGAGGGCGACAGCUAG